CUCACAUAAAUACUUCAGUACUGCACGUAUAAUAUCAAUAUCAUUUAUUACAAAAGAGCAUGUAAAUGUAGAUGUUUAUUAGUAUCAGUCACCCUAUAUAUGUUAGACAAACCUUCUAAAACCGCAGUGAAAAACCACCAAGUUUGACAAGUCAGGAUUUCUUCGUGUUAUAAAGAAUGGUACCAAAAGCAGGAAGGAAAACCAAGUAUUUUUUCAUAUGGAUGUUUAUCUUUAUUCUUGCCUGUUGUCCGGAAGGUACCUGUACACAAGUUUCUGUUGACCAGUUGGAUGACGUAAUAAGGGAUGCUCUACAAAAAGCUAUAGCUAACCUUCCUCAACCUCUGCCUCUCGCAGAUAUGAAUUUUUCCGUUGACGUUGUGUUUGGACCAAUUAACACCACGUUAUCUGGUUUAAGCUUGACAGGAUUACAAGCCAUACAAAUACAAGAAGUCCAACUUAUAAAUGCAUCCACAAUAGAAGGAAGAGCUAUUUUAUCUGCUUCAGAUAUUUUUAUUACUGGAAUAGGACAGAUAAGUGGUAAUAUUGCUUCCACUGUUCCCUUUGAUUAUUCCGGCGAGGUGGCAGUACUGUCAAACGACACCUCUGUUUUGUUGGAUUUCUCACUUUCUUACGAUGGAAACAACACGUUCACUCUUCGUAAUGUAUCCUCUCAGUUCUUGGUUGGGAGCAACAUUUCGUCUUUGGACAUUCCAAUAAUCACCUCACCUCUUAAUGACGCUCUGAUUCAAGGUAUUGUUCUGGCUUUCAAGCCAUCAAUUGAAUCACAGAUUGCACAAUCCCUGUUUAGUGUUCUGUCACCUGAUCUGGAGUUAAUGAUAGAAAAUUCUACGAUAAUAUUCCUAGGUUCAGCUAUAGGCAACCUUUCCGGAGGUGGAGCAGAUAAUUCGGGUCUUUGUAACAAUGGCAGUGAAUACCUGGACAGUCUGAUGGCAGACCUCAAGGCCCGUCUUAGUGCUGUGGAACCGGUUUCUCUUCGUUCGUUUCAGUUUGUGUUUAUAUUUAUGAAUAAUGGCCAACUUAACGGUUUUUCUAACAUCAAGAGGGUUGGUGACAUCCAGCUUUCGUGUAAUACAACAAAUGGACGAGAUAUUUUGGGCUUCAAUCUUAUGGUUUCGAGCGUUCGACUUCAACAGAAUUUUAUAUUUCGUUCUUACCGCUUUAUUUAUCUUUUGCGGAUGACGGCAACUUUGUCCAGCUUGACCGUUAGAGUUCAAAUAGCUGUGGGUAAGGGCAACGUGACCUCAGUUUUACAGCUAUUCAACCUGGAUAGCGUAGGGAAUGUUAAUAUUAACGUGUUUCGUCAAACUCGUCUAUCGUUCGUUUUAAAUAAUCUAAGAUUAUUCAGAAAUUUCUUCAGGCAACUCUUAGCCGAUACUAGUAGGAAUCAAAUACGUCUAGCUCUCGCGGACCAGUUGCGUCAGCAGUAGAGGACGGGAACCGAACAAGAUCGCGCCCAUUAGUUAACGCAUUGCCGUAUUCUUUUUUAUUUUCUCUAACUAAGAUUGUGAGUUUAUCAUUCUCACCGGUACAGGUCCUUCCUCACGUAAAAGGCACAUCUCAACUGAGUUUUAUUAUGUAUGUUAAUUGGCAAACAACGAUUUAUAUGCAUAAUGAAGAAGUUUAUUUUAUUUUAUUUAGGGGGGACAUACUGCACUGAUUGCUUUUUAAGGGGUACCCACUUAACUUUAUGGGAUAAUAUAUUUAUUUCUAUAGAAAGUUUCGUAUCUAACAAUUAGACAUCAUCAUGUACAACAUUAAAGGUACAGAUCCUUAAUUAAUGUACGUGAUGAUGUCUCACUGUUAGAGACGAAACGUUCUACAGAAAUAAAUAUAUUAUCCCAUAAAAAGAUGUUUGAGAAUUUCAUAUUGAACAUACUGUUUGUUUCGACAGAACAUAGGUCUGUCUUCUUCUUAUUCUGUUGAAAUAUACCACUUCAUUAUAUUUAUAAAUCGUUGUGUGACCAUUAUACACAAUGGUCAUCCAUACACUAAUAUUAUGUACGUUACUUCAAACUUAAUUCGGAUUUUGUACGUAAUUCUCUCCGAAAAUGAAAAACAGGUUACCGAUAUUUCAUGCUUUAUGGAUAUUAAAAUAGGUUGUUUAUUGCAUUUUA